UUGGAGCUUGGUUUUUGGCGGUGGGUUUUAUGGUGGCGAUGAUCUCAACAUGUGGAGAGUGCAAGUACAUUGCUUACAAUACGACGUCGUCCGUUGUGGCUGACAAUAUCAACGUUCAUUUGGUGGCUCAUACUCAUGACGAUGUUGGAUGGUUGAAGACCAUUGAUCAGUACUAUGUUGGCUCUAAUAACUCCAUUCAGGCAGCAAGUGUCCAAAAUGUGCUGGAUUCAAUAGUUCCCGCUCUGUUGGCUGACAAGAAUCGCAAGUUCAUUUAUGUCGAGCAGGCAUUUUUCCAACGUUGGUGGGAUGAACAGAGCGAAGCUGUCCAAAGCACAGUCAAGCGGCUUGUCAGCUCUGGUCAACUAGAGCUCAUAAAUGGAGGAAUGUGCAUGCACGAUGAGGCUGCGACUCACUACGUCGACAUGAUUGAUCAGACAACUCUUGGCCAUCGGUUCAUCAAAGCAGAAUUCAAUGUCACUCCAAGAAUUGGUUGGCAGAUUGAUCCAUUUGGACAUUCUGCUGUUCAGGCUUACCUACUAGGAGCCGAGGUUGGAUUUGACUCUUUUUUCUUCGGAAGAAUCGACUACCAAGACCGAGCUAAAAGGAAGAACGAGAAAAGCCUUGAGGUUGUAUGGCGGGGUUCAAAGACUCUUGGUUCAUCUUCACAGAUUUUUGCUGGUGCUUUUCCUGAGAAUUAUGAACCUCCUAGUAAUUUCUACUAUGAAGUUAAUGCUAAUGAGGAUUCCCCUAUUAUCCAGGAUAAUACCAACUUGUUUGACUACAAUGUGGCGGAGCGUGUUAAUGAGUUUGUGGCUGCUGCAAUAUCCCAAGCUAAUAUUACUCGCACAAAUCAUGUGAUGUGGACAAUGGGAACGGAUUUCAAGUAUCAAUAUGCACAUACAUGGUUUAAGCAGAUGGACAAGUUCAUUCAUUAUGUCAAUCAAGAUGGGCGUGUCAAUGCCCUUUACUCAACCCCAUCAAUAUACACUGAUGCAAAACAUGCAACAAAUGAGGCCUGGCCGAUCAAGAACGAUGACUACUUUCCAUACGCAGACCGUGUGAAUGCAUACUGGACUGGAUAUUUUACAAGCAGGCCGGCGCUCAAAGGCUAUGUCAGAAUAACCAGUAGCUACUAUUUGUAUGUGAAACAGGCAGCUAGACAGUUAGAGUUCUUUAGGGGAAGGAGCAAAUCAGGGCCAAACACAGACUCGCUUGCCGAUGCUUUGGCAAUUGCUCAGCAUCAUGAUGCAGUCAGUGGCACGUCAAAGCAGCAUGUGGCAAAUGAUUAUGUGAAACGACUUUCGAUAGGUUACACCGAGGCUGCGAAGGUUGUUGCAGAAUCACUCGCAUUCCUGUCGGACUCAGCAUCAAAAUGGGGUCACAACAGCUCUUAUAUCAAGUUCCAACAGUGUCCACUUUUGAAUAUCAGCUAUUGUCCCUCAUCAGAAGUUGAUCUAUCAAAGGGAAACAACCUGGUCAUUGUUGUUUAUAACCCCCUGGGAUGGAGAAGAAAUGAUGUUGUAAAGAUUCCUAUCGUCGACAAGAAUGUCGUUGUUCGGGAUUUCAAAGGAAAAGAAAUUGAAUCACAAAUCAUUCCUCUGCCCGAUGUUUCUGUGAGCAUAAGAAACUACCAUGCAAGGGCAUACUUGGGAAGUUCUCCAAAAGUGACCCCUAAAUAUUGGCUUGCAUUUUCUGCCACUGUGCCGCCUCUUGGUUUCAGCACUUACAUUGUCUCAAAUGCCAAAAGGGCAGCUGGUGUUUCUGAGAAACAAACCGUGUAUGAAUCACAAAAAAGUCAAAAUCAUACGAUAGAAGUGGGGCCAGGAAACUUGAAGCUUGUUUAUUCGGGGAAAGAUGGAAAACUUUCAAGAUACAUCAACACAAAGAGUUUGGUCGAAGAGUCAGUAGAGCAAUCGUUUGGCUAUUACUCCGGAGACGAUGGAACUCGUGUCGAUUUACAGGCGUCUGGAGCAUACAUCUUCCGUCCUAAUGUCUCUUAUCCCAUCAAAACUGAAGGGCAGGUUCCUCUUACCGUUUUCCGGGGACCGCUGUUGGAUGAAGUACAUCAGAGAACAAAUUCAUGGAUAUAUCAGGUCACUAGAGUGUACAAGGAGAAAGAGCAUGCUGAAUUUGAGUUCACUAUUGGUCCUAUUCCAAUUGAUGAUAAAAUUGGAAAAGAGGUUGUAACUAAAAUUACAAGCACUCUGAAAAACAGCAAACAAUUCUUCACGGAUUCUAAUGGCCGUGAUUUUAUUGAAAGGAUUGGAGAUUAUAGAAAAGACUGGAAGCUUGAAGUGAAUCAACCUGUGGCAGGAAACUAUUACCCAAUUAAUCUUGGAAUAUAUCUGAAGGACAAGAGCAAUGAGCUGUCACUGCUGGUAGAUAGAGCUGUUGGGGGAUCCAGCAUUGUGGAUGGCCAAUUGGAACUCAUGCUUCACAGGAGGUUGCUCCAUGACGAUGGCCGGGGAGUUGCAGAGGCACUAAACGAGACGGUUUGCAUUGGUGAUAAAUGCCAAGGGCUAACUAUUGUAGGAAAGUACUACCUCAGAAUUGACCCUCUAGGAGAAGGUGCUAAAUGGCGUCGAUCUUUCGGUCAAGAAAUAUAUUCUCCCUUUCUUUUAGCCUUCGCAGAACAGGAUGGACAAUACUCUCAUGUUCCAACCUUUUAUGGCAUGAACCCCUCCUAUGCAUUGCCUGAUAAUGUUGCAAUUCUAACCCUCCAGGAGCUGCAAGGCGGAGAAGUCCUCCUUCGCUUGGCACAUUUAUACGAGAUCGGAGAGGAUAGAGAUAUUUCAGUUAUGGCAAGUGUAGAGUUGAAGAAAGUGUUCUCCAAUAAGAAGAUAAAGAGAAUAGCAGAGAUGAGUUUAUCUGCUAACCAAGAAAGAGUGGAAAUGGAGAAGAAGAGACUAGUGUGGAAAGUAGAAGGGUCUUCUGAAGAACCAAAGGUGGUGAGAGGAGGACCAGUUGAUCCAACAAAGUUUGUAGUGGAACUUGCUCCAAUGGAAAUCAGAACCUUCAUAAUCAACUUCUAUUCCAGAUGAUCAACUACUAAAAUAGGGUAAUUCACUGCAAGUGAAUUGGUGUUGGAGAAAAAUCUUAUUUUUUUUGUUGCUUAUCGAACAAUUUGAGAAUAAUUCACUGGUUUCUAAGUGUACAUUAUCGAACAAUUGGAGAAUAAUUCACUGGUUUCUAAGUGUACAUUAUCGAACAAUUCGAGAAUAAUUCACUGGUUUCUAAGUGUACAUAGUC